AUGGGACCCCUCCCCAUUCACCUUUCCCCACCCCUCCUCCUCUUUUUCUCGCUGCUCCUCCUGGCCCACCCCUGCACUUCCUUCAGGCCACAGGUCAUGGAGCGAGCGUCUGGCCCCGAGCAGCCUCAGCCCUUGGGAAACUCUACAGCGUCUGGAAAGCGGACGUGUUCGGGCGUUGUGGUGUGUAAACCUGGUAUCCUGCUGCCAGUGUGGCUACCGCUCAACCCUCCACUGGGGGAGCAGGCGGGGAGAGCUAUCAUCUACUUCCUCUCUCUCAUGUACUUGUUCCUGGGUGUGUCCAUCAUAGCAGACCGUUUCAUGGCGUCCAUAGAGGUCAUCACCUCUCAGGAGAAGGAGGUGACCAUCACCAAACCUAACGGAGAGACUACAGUAACCACAGUGAGAAUCUGGAAUGAGACAGUGUCCAACCUCACACUCAUGGCCCUGGGCUCCUCUGCGCCAGAGAUCCUGCUUUCUGUUAUUGAGGUGUGUGGGCACAACUUUGAUGCAGGGGAGCUCGGCCCGGGCACCAUAGUGGGCAGCGCUGCCUUCAAUAUGUUUGUGAUAAUUGGUCUGUGUGUGUGGGUGAUCCCUGAUGGAGAGUCUCGCAAGAUCAAACACCUGCGUGUGUUUUUUAUUACGGCUUUCUGGAGUAUUUUUGCCUACGUUUGGCUCUACCUCAUACUGGCUGUCAUCUCACCGGGGAUUGUGGAGGUGUGGGAGGCCAUAGUGACGCUGCUUUACUUUCCGGUGUGUGUGAUCUUGGCUUGGAUUGCUGACCGUCGCCUGCUCUUCUACAAAUACAUGCACAAGCGCUACCGUGCUGACAAGCGGCAUGGCAUUGUGGUGGAAAUGGAAGGUGACCUUGCACCCAAAGGCAUUGACGUGAUCAUGGAUGGAAAGUUGUCAGAUGGCAGUUCGUGCCCUGGAAACUCCUCUAGUGUGACGGUCUCUGUGCAGACAGGCAAUGAACUGGACCAGAACAAAGAUGAGGUGGUCCGCAUCCUUAAAGACCUGAAGGAGAAACAUCCAGACAAAGACCUUGACCAGCUGAUUGAGAUGGCCAACUACUCUGCCCUGAUCCACCAGAAGAAGAGCCGCGCCUUCUACCGUGUCCAGGCAACACGCAUGAUGAUCGGUGCUGGUAACAUAUUAAAGAAACAUGCAGCCGAGCACACACGGCGCUCAAGAGGUCAAGAUGCUGACAAGGCCACAUGCUCGCACAUAUGCUUUGAGAGUGCUCAGUACCAGUGCACUGAGAACUGUGGCUCUCUGAGUAUCGGGGUGAUCCUUGAUGGGGGCACAGGUCAGAAUACUUUCUAUGUGGACUACUGCACAGAAAAUGGCUCUGCCAAUGCUGGGGCAGACUACGAAUUCACUGAAGGAACCCUGGUGUUUAAGCCAGGGGAGACCCGCAAAGAGAUCAAGGUUGGGAUCUUGGAUGAUGACAUCUUUGAGGAGGAUGAGCACUUCUUUGUGCGUCUUCAGAAACUGAGGUUAGAAGAAGGUGGAAAUGAGGGGACAGGAACUCCACCCAAGGGCAGACUAGUGGAGCCACUGGUCGCCACCAUCACUAUCUUGGAUGACGACCACGCUGGCAUUUUCACCUUUGGUCAGCGGGUGCUGCGGGUGAGUGAGAGCACAGGCACCCUGACGGUGACAGUGGUGAGGAACUCCGGCUCCAGGGGCACCGUUGCUGUGCCAUACCAUACGGAGGAUGGCAGUGCCAAGGCUGGGGUGGACUACGAGGAGACCAGAGGGGAGGUGGAAUUCACCAAUGAACAAACCAGUCAGACCUUACAAGUGCGCAUCAUAAAUGUGGAAGAAUAUGAGAAACAGGAAAACUUCUUCAUCGUGCUGGAGGACCCCAAAUGGCUGAAGCGAGGACUGUCUGCAUUGCUGCUAAAUCAAGGAAACCCCACCCCUGAGGUGGAAGAGGCCAGGAGGAUCUGUGAGAUGGGGAAACCCAUUCUAGGAGAGCACAGCAGACUAGAGGUCAUCAUAGAGGAGUCCUGUGAGUUUAAGAACACUGUGGACAAACUCCUGAGGGACACAAAUCUGGCUGUAGUGAUUGGCACUCAUUCGUGGAGAGAGCAGUUCAUUGAGGCAGUCACAGUCAGUGCAGGUGACGGAGAUGAAGAAGGACAAGAGCAGCGAACGCCCAACUGCUUCGACUAUUUUGUGCACAUAUUGUGCAUUUUCUGGAAGAUUUUGUUUGCUUUUGUCCCACCCACCGAGUACUGGAACGGCUGGGCGUGUUUCCUUGUGUCAAUGGCUGUCAUUGGUGUCUUAACAGCCAUUAUUGGAGACCUAGCCUCCCAUUUUGGCUGCACCGUAGGCCUGAGAGAUGCUGUCACUGCAGUGGUCUUUGUAGCACUGGGGACUUCACUUCCUGAUACCUUUGCCAGUAAAGUGGCUGCAACUCAGGACCAGUAUGCGGAUGCAUCUGUGGGAAAUGUGACAGGAAGCAAUGCAGUUAAUGUGUUUUUGGGCAUCGGAGUGGCCUGGUCAGUGGCUGCUGUAUACUGGGAGGUCAAAGGUAAGGCCUUCCGUGUGGACCCUGGCUCGCUGGCCUUCUCCGUCACACUCUUCACCAUUUUCGCCAUCUUCAGCAUGGGAGUGCUGAUGCUACGCCGGAGGCCGUCCAUAGGCGGGGAACUUGGAGGCCCGCGGAUCCCUAAAAUCCUCACUUCACUGCUUUUCUUUGGACUCUGGUUUCUCUACAUCCUCUUCUCCAGCUUGGAGGCCUAUUGCCAUAUACAAGGCUUCUGA